UUUAUGUAACGUCGAUAGCAAUUUUCUUUAUCAAUAACCAAUCAAAUGGUGGGUGUGUCGCCUUUCGCCAAUACAACUCCAAUAAUCUCGAAAUUAGUUUCCACCCAACUUUCAAAUUUUUCUAUAAAAGUUUUCGAACAGACUGGCAGAGCAUCACUUUAAAUAUAACUAAGAUAUAAGCUAUUAUAAGCUUAUAUUCUUCUAUCAAAUCAACUACAAUAAGCGUAGCAGUCGUCGACAUGCCUCAUAUUAACAACACGUUGCUGUGCAACUCCGUUUUAAUGCUAGAUCCUUCCGAACAUUAUCGUCCAGAACACAAAAAAAUGGAAGAAUUCAGACAGUACACUACGGACAAGGACGAUCAUAUCCAGAGAAGAGUACGAGAAACUUAUAGGAAAAUGCACAAUAACCAAACUGUACAAUUCGUCGGCGAAAGAAGUCGCUACUGGACGAAAUUCGAUAAGUGCCAGAUGAACAUAAUGCAAGCUCUCGAAAAGCUCAACGCUUUAGUAGACGAGAGCGAUCCCGACGUCGACAUCCCUAAUAUCGUGCACGCAUUCCAAACUGCCGAAAGAAUCCGUCAAGCUCACCCUCAAUUGGAAUGGUUCCAUCUGACGGGCUUAAUCCACGAUCUGGGAAAACUGAUGGCACUGUACGGAGAACCUCAAUGGGCGGUGGUGGGAGAUACGUUUCCGGUGGGAUGCGCUCCCGCAAACUCCAUCGUGUACAGAUCCAGCACCUUCGAAGACAAUCCCGACACAAAAGAUGCCAGAUACAACACUAAAUUUGGCAUAUACGAAGAGCACUGCGGCUUGGAGAACGUUUUAAUGUCUUGGGGCCACGACGAAUACAUGUACCGAGUAUUAAAGAAUCACAGUACUUCUCUACCCGAAGAAGCUCUGUACGUCAUCAGGUUCCACUCGUUCUAUCCGUGGCACACGGGAAAAGACUACGAAUAUUUAUGCAACAACAAAGACAUGUCCAUGUUGAAAUGGAUCAGGGAAUUNAUAAAAAACGGUGUUGAAUUAAUUAUUGUUCUUCGACCAUUUCUGCAUUUUCGGAAAUAA